GAAAAGAAUUAUUGACAAUACAAAAAUUGAUUUUGAUGACGGACAGGCGUUCAUCUGUGUGCUGAUUUUACAAAAGAUUACAUUUUAUAAAACAAAUACCUCAAAAUGCCUGACCAUUUAGGAGAUGAUAUGCGUAAACUUAAGGAUGCGACAGAAGAGCCGGAAAAAGAAAUCAAAUCGCUCGACGAAGGUGAUAUUGCACUUCUAAAGUCAUACGGCCAAGGACAAUACACGAAAAUCAUCAAGGAGGUCGAGGAUGGUAUACAGACUGUAAUGAAGAGGGUGAAUGAAUUGACUGGAAUCAAGGAGUCAGAUACAGGGUUGGCCCCUCCAGCCCUAUGGGAUUUGGCUGCUGAUAAGCAAACCUUACAAAAUGAACAGCCCUUGCAGGUAGCAAGAUGCACAAAAAUCAUCAAUGCUGAUUCGAAUGACCCUAAAUACAUAAUCAACGUGAAGCAGUUUGCCAAGUUUGUGGUAGACCUGGCAGAUUCUGUCGCCCCUACAGAUAUUGAAGAGGGCAUGAGGGUUGGAGUGGACCGCAACAAGUACCAGAUCCACAUUCCCCUGCCUCCGAAGAUCGACCCCACAGUCACCAUGAUGCAGGUUGAAGAGAAGCCCGAUGUGACGUACAGCGAUGUUGGAGGCUGUAAGGAGCAGAUUGAGAAGCUUAGGGAAGUCGUUGAGACUCCGCUGUUGCAUCCCGAGAAAUUCGUGAAGCUCGGUAUCGAGCCGCCUAAAGGAGUGUUGCUAUUCGGCCCCCCCGGUACCGGCAAGACCUUGUGCGCGAGAGCCGUUGCCAACAGAACUGAUGCCUGCUUCAUUAGAGUUAUUGGUUCGGAGCUAGUACAGAAGUACGUAGGUGAGGGUGCACGUAUGGUGCGCGAGUUGUUCGAGAUGGCGCGCAGCAAGAAGGCCUGUCUCAUCUUCUUUGAUGAGAUCGACGCCAUCGGUGGUGCCAGGUUUGACGACGGCGCCGGCGGUGACAAUGAAGUCCAGAGAACUAUGUUGGAGCUCAUCAACCAGCUCGAUGGUUUCGACCCUCGUGGUAACAUCAAGGUUCUGAUGGCAACCAACAGACCAGACACCCUAGACCCCGCUCUCAUGCGUCCCGGGCGUCUCGACCGUAAGGUAGAGUUCGGUCUGCCCGACCUCGAGGGUCGAGCCCACAUCUUCCGCAUCCACGCGAGGUCCAUGAGUGUGGAGAGAGACAUACGAUUCGAUCUCCUGGCUAGACUGUGCCCUAAUUCUACGGGAGCUGAGAUUAGGUCCGUAUGCACCGAAGCGGGUAUGUUCGCGAUUCGCGCUCGCCGCAAGGUUGCUACCGAGAAAGAUUUCCUGGAAGCCGUCAACAAAGUCAUCAAGUCUUACGCCAAGUUCUCAGCGACGCCGCGUUAUAUGACUUACAACUAAAUUCAAGCCUUAUUGCUAACUAUUUGGGUACAUUUUCCAUUGUAAAGAUCGUCACUUUUUCAAGUUUGUUAGGACUGGUCUUUACAGUGAAAAUGUGCUCAAAAAUUUUGGGGGAUGGUACCUUUGUGAAUGGAAAGUCUGAAUAUGGUUUUUGUAUUUCGGAUGUAUGUGCAUAGUGCUGUCCCUCAAUAAUAACUUAGAUAUUGUAUUUGAAUAAUUUCUAAUAAAGUUUAUUUUAAAAUG